CUUAUCUUUCAAGUCGUUUGACGUACUGCACGUGAUUGUGUCUAGGUUAAUUCGUUGGGUGUGACUCAUUGUGUGAUAACCAACUUUAUUGUAUCGUUACUUAAAUCUUUACUUAAAAAAUAAUAAUUUUUUAAAUAAAUAAAGCUUUGGAACUAAAACAUUCGAACUGUGUUUUCAAGAAAGACCCAUGAGCACAGAACUCUACUACUUCUUACUGGUUCUCAUUAUUCUCCCCGUGAACCUGUUCUUCAGUUUGUGGUCCUGGAUUGGUUGGGAACUCUUCAGAAACAAUUGAAGCCACUCACUGAAUCGAAAAUGAAACUGGCAGAGCUUGCUGGAGACGAAGCCUAUGGAGACAAGUCCAGAACUUUUGUGUUUCAAGAGGAAGGCCAUACCCUGGGCAAUGCACUUCGAUGCAUUAUUGUGCGAUACCCAGAGGUAGUCUUUUGUGGAUACACUGUGCCUCACCCAGCUGAAGCUAAGAUGCACUUUCGAAUUCAGACAAAUGGAGCAAGGGCUGUGGACAUUUUAAGGAGAGGGCUUGAAGAUUUAUCUAAAGUGUGUGAUCAUACAACUACUGUAUUUCAAGAAAAAGUGACUGCCUUCAAAGCUGCCAACACAUCAUGAUCUAUUCUAUCUGUACAUUCUAGUCUCGGUGAAUAAAUUUUUCUAAUUAAACCA